GCUCAUUAUCAAUAGCUAUAUUAACGAAGGAAGCUAGCUAGCUGAUUAUUUUAGUACAAGCGUUCAAAAUGAACACACGUAGCUAUAUUUUAAUUAUUGUUUUAUGUGCAGUGCUAGUCGAGUCGCAUAAUUUAAAAAGACAGAAAAGAAUUGUUGGUGGCAGAGCAGCUGCACAACCUCCGAUCGAUGAUCCUGUGGUUUACGUGACACGCAACAAUCGACAAGCGCGUGUUUUCGGUUCUCGAGAUCCGAACAAAGGAUUCUAUGUCUUUCGUGGGAUUCGAUAUGGACAACCUCCAGUGGGUUCAUACAGAUUUCAAAGACCCGCGCCUUUGUACUUAGAAGGCGAUAUUAACGCAACAAAAUGGGGUCCUCCGUGUCCUCAGCCAAAUCCAAAUGGCAAAGGUAUCGUAGGAAGUGAAGAUUGUCUUUUCUUGAAUGUCUUCACACCUAUGCUUUCGGAUACCAGUGAAGGAUAUCCGGUAUUGAUUUGGAUUCAUGGAGGCGGUUUCAGAAGAGGCUCUGCUUGCCAAUAUGAGAUGAGGAACAUAAUCAGAAAAAGAGUUGUGGUUGUUUCGAUUCAGUACAGAUUGGGUACACUCGGAUUUUUGAGUAACGGUACGCACGAAUUACCGGGUAACAAUGGAAUAUUUGACAUGAUAUUGGCGGUCAGGUGGGUGAAGGAUUACAUUCAAUUUUUUGGCGGUGAUCCAACGAAAAUUGUCGCGUUUGGUCAUGGUACAGGGGCCAGUGCUGCUUUCAUGCUUGCACUGUCUAAUUUCAUGAGAGGCACUUUCAGCGGUUUGAUUGCUAUGUCAGGUUCAAUUUUAUCUCACUUCGCAAUUGACAAAGAUCCUCAAACAACUGCUCAGUUUAUAGCUUCGCAAAAUGGGUGUCCAACGAAUAAUGCAGUCGAAAUGGUCCGUUGCCUUCGAGAGAUAUCAGUUGAUAAACUAAUUGAGGCUGAUUCCAGUUUGGAAGCGAUUCGCGUAGGUGUUCGAGAUUUUGUUUCUGGGUUAUCGAAUAUAUUGGGUCCUGGUCCUGUUAUCGAGGGUCGCGACGAUGGGAGAUUUCUUCCCAACAUGAACAUCGAUACUCCAGAGAACUCUUUACAAUUUGGAGAUUUACCAAAGAUUCCACUACUGACUGGUGUUAUGAACAACGAAGUAGGAGGAGCAAUCUUGGGAGAUUACAGAAAUAUAAUUCAAGAUAGAUUACGAUCUAAUCCAAACUUUCUGAACGAAUAUCUUAUACCAACUUUACAAAACGCUGUACCAAAUUUUGGGAACAAGACGAACUUUGUGCCGGAAGCCUUUAGCAAAUAUUUGAAUAUUUUUAAUGUGGGAGAUGUUUCUGAUAGUGUUUCUAAAAUAGCGGAAGCUAUGGGAGAUUCUUUAUUUAAUGUUCCUGCGUUUUUGACUGUUGAGCAUUGGGCCAAGAAGUCUGACGCCUUUUUGUACAGUUUUGAUCACAAUGGGAAACGAAAUUAUGGGAGAGACUUUUUACGGGGAUGUCCUAUAGCGAAUGCGAGACACGCUGCAGAUGCUAUUACGAGUCACGGCGAUGACCUUGGAUAUAUUUUCCAACGUAAUACUAUUACUGGAGGAACGGUACCAAAUUUUGAUGAAUCGGACGAAGAAGAUAAACGCGUGGAAGAAGUCUUUACUGACAUGAUUGCUGAAUUUGCCAGAAAUGGAAAGCCGAAUAUACCUCUUCCGGCUGAAGAUGAUUUACUUUCGAAUUUAACACCAACUUUUUCUAGCGAUACCAAUCCAUUUAUCAGUAUUACCUCAACCCCUCGGCUCAUGCAACAAUUCAGGUUCUGUGAAAUAGGGUUAUGGACAGGUCUCGCACAACGACUACAAUCAUCUACUUGUAAUUACUUUAAAACUACCUUAGACGUUAUAAAUUACGGUAAACAAACAGCUCAAAACACCAUUAAAAAUCCUGUUCAAACGUUGAAGGAAAAAGUUCCAGAAGUUAUACCUAAUUAUACUAUUCCAAUUAAUAACCCAAUACCCACGGGUAUCAAUAUUUCCCCCAAAAAUACAAAAAGUGGUCAUAUAUUUCGAAGUAUGCGACACGGACCACAUAGAUCACUUAUGUGGUAACAAGAUAUAAAAUACUGGACAAUAA